AUCGCGAGGCCGCAGCCUGGGGCAGCCCCUCCAGUGGGUGCGGACCUGGGCCUGUCCUGCUUGCCGUGCCGGACACCGAGCUUGGCCCGCAUCACGCCUGGCCGUGGGGACGGCCGCGUAAAAGGCGGGCCCAGCCAGGGCUGGAAGCGGCCGUCGACUUCGGCUAGACCAGGAUGGUGUGACCGGCGCGGCCCUGGCCACGCAGACCCGGCUCGACGCUCCUCGCCCGCUCGCGCAGCGGAGCCGAGCCCCACACGGCCGCUCUAGGAGAGGGCGCGCGGCUCGGGAAGCUGCCAUGGACCGCGGCGGCCCCGCGGGCAGCCCCCUGGUCGCCAGCAACGAGUCCUCGCCCCCGGCUGCCGCCACCUGCGACUCCAGCCCGGGGCGGACCGGGCCGGGGCCGGCGGGCCCCGGCGGCGGUGCUCGCGCGGGGGGCGGGCGGCCGGCGGCAGCGAACGCGGCGCGGGAGCGCAGCCGCGUGCAGACCCUGCGGCACGCCUUCCUGGAGCUGCAGCGCACGCUGCCGUCGGUGCCGCCCGACACCAAGCUGUCCAAGCUGGACGUGCUGCUGCUGGCCACCACCUACAUCGCGCACCUCACCCGCAGCCUGCAGGACGACGCCGAGGCUCCUGCCGACUCCGGGCUUGGCGCCCUGCGCGGCGACGGCUACCUGCACCCUGUUAAGAAAUGGCCCAUGCGAUCAAGAUUAUACAUUGGUGCUACUGGUCAGUUUCUGAAGCAUUCUGUCUCUGGAGAAAAAGCAAAUCAUGGCAAUACUCCAACAGAUUCACAGCCUUAGGCUCUCCCCUGAUGGCGCUGGUAAAAAGUAGUGUCUAUUGUUUUUAAAUAGUAUGAAAUCAUUCUAUAUUUAUUGCAUCAGACAUAACAAACGUCAUUUCUGAAAGUUUACAUAUGAAUCCAUAGUUGGGUGUUUAGAUUUACUUGUCUAAUCUAAACAAAUGUGGAAUGAAAUAAUCAGUCUUGCAUAAAACACCCAGCUCAUCUACUCAGUGUGAGAGACAGUCACUACUAUAUAGUGCAGAAGAAACUAUCGGGAAAAAAGGGAAAGACACACAAAAGCAAACAAUUGUGUAUAUAUUCAGAGAAUACACACAUUUUCUGUAGUGUAUCCGUUACAAACUGGAAAGCUAAUAUCUAUCAAUUCAGUCUGCCUAGUUUAAAAAAAUAAAAGCUGUGUUUGUAAUACACCAGUAUUUCGUUUUUGUGAAAACCAGUCUGUGCUUAAAGUUGGUCUAGGAAGCCAUUUCACUUGGAAGAGGUGAGAUCAUUUAUUCAGUUUUAACUGAAUAUGUGUGAAAAGACUGUUGAAGUAAUGUGAUGAUGCAGUAACUUCUAUAACUAGUUAAUUUUCCCUCUUAGAAAACUGGUUUGGAGUGUUAGAAAUGGUUUGCUUCAUAAACCAGGGCUUGGCCACCUUCCUAGAGGAUUGUUAAAUAUCUUACUAUGUUUCUAAGUUGUGGAAGGCAUUGGGAAUCCCUACAGUCCAGUGUGAACAGGAGCUGGGGGCGUCCUCCCUGGUCACUCCAUAUUCACCCCACUCUCUUUCAGGUCGUGGACUAGGUGAGCAGGUGCAGCUGCAGCCACCAGAGAGAGAGUGGCAUGUUCAGGCCUCUCCGGGCCCUUGAGUGAAGCCCUUGUGAGCCUCAUAGUCGCAGCUCUGGCCAGGCUCCUCUCCCCUUGUCAAUUGCUGUUCACAAUCUACCUUCUUAGCCAUUAUGAAAUGGGGGCAGUCCUCUGAUUUGGGAAUUCUGGCACUGAUCUGCACCUUGAGCGAGUCUGAGGACAGAGCGGCCAUCCUGAGAUUCAUUAGGCCAGAGCAGACCCCCCUGAAUCUGCCCUAAUUUGAACCUACAAUCAGGGAAGGCCCUCUGCCGUGGGCCUCUCCCGCCACCCUGCACAUCAUGUGCCCAGGGAGCAGCUGUUCUGCCUGAGUGCACACUUGGUUUCAGUUUUCAACAGGAGCUUGGGGGUUCUAGCCGUGAAGCAGAGGUGUUUCUCAGGGAACGCACUGGAUCUCAAAACAACAGGGUGCAAAAGAAAUCAUCAGUCUCUUUUGUCAUGUCUUUGCUGACUUAGAUUCUUUAUCUCCCUUUCUUGUUUUUCUCCUCCAUCUUUACUUCCCGUUUCCAACUGUAAAGUUCAUUUAUUUCUCAAUAAUCCACAGUUUUAAAGUUGCUGAAUGUGAUCCAAAAUUAGCAAAUAGGAAGUAUAUUAAUGGACUUGGUUGAAUUAGUAUAGCAGUUGAACUGCCAUUUUAUUUUCUCCUCACCUCACUCUUCUUCCAGCUUUUGGCAAUGAAAUGAAGUAAAAGACCGUUUGAAGGCAAACGCUGUCAUUCGGUUGAUUCAGCGAACGUGGCCAUGUUUUGGCUCAUAUCUGAUGGCUAGUUUGUAAUUUUUAUUUUAAUGUGAAUAUACUCCUUGUAAUGUGACCCAAGCAUUUCUUUGAAAGAAAAGGCAUACAAUAAGAGCUGUCUAUGUAUUAAUAUGUAGCACAAAUGUUUGUACAUUUGAAUAUUGGUGAAUAUAUUUACCCCACUCAUAUAACAUUGAAAGGAAUAAAAAGUAAAUUGAAAUGUGGAUUCAGCCAUUCGCUAUUAUAAGUUAUUGGCAUAAAAAGUGCCAAGAAUAAUCUUUUACCUUAAGGAAUUAAAUCAGAACUUUUUUAAAGUUACCUGAAAAUGAACUGUAAACACUAAAUUUGAUAGCAAGAAUUUAAGAAAAUUGGUUUUCUUGCUAAUAAUCUAUUUGGCUACAGUUUUUAAAGUGUUUAAUUGGGGAAAAAUGAUUUUUGUUGAAUGAAUUAUCGACUUUUCUAAAUCAUCCUGUUAAGUAGUUAGUUAAACUUUGCUUUUGACAGUAUUACUUUUUAUUUCUUCUUGUCCAGUUACAAAUGUUUUAAUGCCAAAGAAGUAUAUUUCUGUCAUAUGUUUUCAUGACAUUUUAUUAAAAUGCUAAAUAUUCCAACAGCUUUUGGUAGGUUGGAAAAUCUUAAAGGAGAAAUUGCAUAUUUUCACCCAAAGGUUCAAAGGAGUAUGCUGUUUUAAUUAGUGGUGCAUGGUCAGGAAAAGGUGUUUUACUAAAAUAAAAUAAAGCACUAAUCUGAAAAUUAA